UCAUGUUCGUCCUUUCCAGAAAAAAUGGCAGCUGUUGACAUCGACGUGCCGGUGGACACAGAACCUCAAAUCCGCACCCCGGAGGACCUUGAACGGCAAGCUGAAGGCUACAAAGAGCAAGGAAAUGCUUUCUACAGUCAGAAAGAAUACUCCCAGGCCUUCAACUACUACACUAAGGCCAUUGAUGCUUGCCCCAAAAAUGCCAGUUAUUACGGGAACAGGGCAGCCACCCUCAUGAUGCUCUGUCGCUUCAGAGAGGCCCUAGAAGACUCCCAGCAGGCUGUGCGGCUUGACGACUGUUUUAUGAAGGGUCAUCUACGUGAAGGAAAAUGCCACUUGUCCUUGGGCAACGCCAUGGCAGCCAGCCGCUGCUUUCAGAAGGUUUUGGAGCUUGAACCCGCUAACAGAGAAGCCCAACAGGAGACUAAGAAUGCAACAACUCUACUGGAGUUUGAACGCAUGGCAGAGUUCGGCUUCGAAAAAAGAGAUUUCAGGAAGGUGGUGUUCUGUAUGGAUCGAGCUUUAGCGGUUGCUUCUGCCUGCCAUCGCUUCAAAAUCCGCAAAGCUGAGUGUCUGGCUCUGCUGGGACGAUAUCCAGAGGCCCAGUCUGUUGCCAGUGAUAUCCUGCGACUAGAUUCCACGAAUGCAGAUGCGCUUUAUGUCCGAGGUUUGUGUCUCUACUAUGAGGACUGCAUCGAUAAAGCCGUGCAGUUCUUUGUCCAGGCUCUGCGCAUGGCACCAGACCAUGAAAAGGCCCGGCUAGCCUGCAGGAAUGCCAAAGCCUUGAAAGCCAAGAAAGAGGAAGGCAACCAGGCGUUCAAGAACAGCAACUAUGAAGCUGCCUACCAGCUGUACACAGAGGCCCUGACGAUAGACCCCAACAACAUCAAGACCAAUGCCAAGCUCUAUUGUAACCGAGCCACAGCAGGUGCAAAGCUAAGAAAACUUGAUCAAGCCAUAGAAGAUUGCAGCAGUGCAAUCAAACUAGAUGACACUUACAUCAAGGCGUACUUAAGAAGAGCUCAGUGUUAUAUGGACACGGAGCAGUAUGAGGAGGCAGUUCGUGACUAUGAAAAAGUGUACCAGACAGAAAAAACAUCAGAUCACAAACAUCUGCUAAAGACGGCCCAGCUAGAGCUCAAAAAAAGCAAGAGGAAAGACUACUACAAAGUGCUCGGGGUCGGCAAGAACGCCACAGAGGAUGAGAUCAAGAAAGCUUAUCGCAAACGCGCCCUUAUGCACCACCCAGAUCGUCACAGUGCAGCGACUCCUGAAGUGCAGAAGGAGGAGGAAAAGAAAUUUAAGGAGGUGGGGGAGGCAUUCACUGUGCUCUCUGACCCAAAAAAGAAGGUCCGCUACGACAACGGUCAUGAUUUGGAUGAUGACGGCUGUUUUGAUGGCAGAGAUUUUGAUGCAAACAACAUCUUCAGGGCUUUCUUUGGUGGCCAUGGUGGUGGAUUCAAUUUUGAUUCCAGCCCAGACUCUGGACCUGGAAAUUUCUUCUUCCAGUUUGGCUAAAGGAAGCAGCAUGCGGCUAAAACACAGCCCUGCAGAAGAUGAAAUCAACCUGGACCCACGGUCACCUCCUGGUGCUCAAACUCCUGAGUGUCUCGCAAAAAUGUCCUCUUUUUUUCUUUUUCAAGAGGUUUUUGAAUUUUGCAUUCACUCCUAAAUUUACUCCACAUGUUAAUGCUAAUAAAACACAGGGAUAAUAUUUCAUAGGGUUCAGUAAUUAGUUAAUAUUGUAAAUAAAACAUACAGAAGAUUUUUUUUUCAAAUAGCAUGCUCCCUUUUCCAAAAUCAAAAUGUUAAACAAAUUAGAAUCUUGUAAAAUGUUCCCAACAUCACCAAAAUGAUGAAAUGUAAGAAAAUGAGGCAUCAUGGGUCGAUUACUUUUAGAGGACAUAAUGUGGUUUAAGUUUUUAAGAUUCUUCUUGACAGCAUGUCUCUAUAGAACAAGAGUCAGUGUACUGUGAAUUCAGUGUCUAAUCUGACCUCAGGACAGCCUGUUCAGGACAACUCCAGCCUCAUGCCAGUGUGUCCUGGUUUUAUUGGCUCACCUGCCAAAUAUAGAAUUGACUUGCAGGGUUUUUUGUUUCUUCACCUUUCUCCAUGCUGCAUUGUAUAUUUGACUUGAAUGUAAAUCGUUUUGUUUCCAUAAACAUUUCUUUCAGUCUUCCUGUGGUCUAUUUAUAUUUAUUAUACUGUAUAUUCUGAAGUUUAAACAGCAGAAUGCAAGUGUUAGUCAUCUUUCUAGAUUCAUUUUGUGUAAAUGUUUUUCACAUCCUCCCUUUUAUUCAGAUUGUAAAUUUCCUCCUUAAAUAGGCCAGAAUUAGCUUACACUCUCCCGCAGAUGUUUCUUUUCUUUAAAGCAUGGACCACACAUCUGUCCAUCUGACCCAUCCAAAGUGGUGCCUUACUAGAAUAAACAGAUCAAUAAACCCUCCGAGACACAUCCAAAACACAACUUCACUUGUAUGGCUUUUUUUUUUCUCUUUCAAAGGAAAAUCUCUCUUAUGGCCAGUAUGUAAAAUUCAAAGUGAUACUUUAGCCCCUUCACAACAUCAAAGACAGAAUUUUGUUUCCCUGUCAUCGAUCACACCCAGUGAUCCGACCUCAUCAUCCACCUUUACCUGUCAUGCAUGUUCUGUCAGUACAGCCCUUCCCCUACCUGUUCUACCUGUUUUAAAGGGGGACUGAUAGUAGGUUGGAAACUUCUGUUCUUAAUUGUUGUCACUAAUCUAUGUAUCAUUUUUAAAAAGUGUCACAGUAUUAACAGGACAUGCUUUUCUUAUUGUGAAAAUAAAGGCUCAUCUUUUACUGUAA